AUGCGGAACACAAUGAGCCCGGCUGGCCGAAUCUGCCAAUCUCUGUUAGGGUGGGGGGGGUGGCGGUGGGCAACAAGCACUCCCCGUCGUGUGCACAUCUGCCUAGCCCCAUGUCCUGGGUGGCAUUUAUUCACACCCAGCCUGCACCCGAUGCACACCCCGUCGCAGCUCCCGCGGGCCAGUUUUUCUGGCACGGCCUCAAACGCUUGCCUCGGUUGGCAGCAGCCCGGUAUCAAGUUGUAG